AAGAUGACACGAGACUCAGAUGCUCCUCCUUCUGCCCAAACGGAGUGGGGCAGGAAGAGGCAGAAAUGUGUCUAAAGGGCUGGAAAUCGCUCGGGUGUUUCUCCUCCCGGGCCUGAUCCUGGUCAGACGGGCUCCUUUGUUGACGACUGCUUUUUCUGUAGCCGCUACUACAACAGCCUUCUACUAAUCCUUGAACAGGAUUCUGACCCAUCUGACCCCAAGUCUCUGCACUUAAUCCCCAGCGUCCGUUGCCUCCCUGCAGCCUUGCCCUUUCCUCCUUAUUCCUGGACUCCAGUCGCUCCAGGAGGACCCCAAACUCUUUCUAAAUGAGCUCAGGAGCCCUAGGCCUGGGCCCUCGGCUCCUGCUGCACUGCCUUGCCCUCAGGCUCCAGAAAGGUAGGAAGAGAGGGAGGAGUGGACAAGUGUCCGGCUACAGCUGGCUCAGAAGCUGUCUCGGUUCCUGGUUCCCAUCAGAGCCAAGAAUGACACCUGAUCCCGGGGGAUUGUGAAAUGGCAUGAGGUGGCAGGGCGCCCGCGCUGCCCGCUGUGCUUCCUAUCCGCCUCCUGCACCCCUCGCUCGGCCCCGCCCCCGGCGCGAGCGGUUAAAUGCCCCCCACCCAGGCUGCAGCUCACACCUGCACCAUGCCUGCCUGUGGCCUCGGCUUGCCGGCCUCGGGCCUUCUCCUGGGGCUGCUGCUGUUUACCCACCUCUCAGAUGCAGGUGCGGGUGCAGAGAAACCCGGCGUGUGCCCCCAGCUCCAAGAGAGAACUGAUUGCGCAAAGGAGUGCUCCACGGACGACCAUUGCCUGGACAACCUCAAGUGCUGCCAGGCUGGCUGCAGCUCUGUCUGUUUCACUCCGAAUGGUAACCCCUCAGCGACCUGGCAGGGACAAGGCGGGGCCGCCGAGGGCUGCGAGAGGCGGGAGCUCAGGGGCUCCGGGAAGAAGGGCACCCCAGACCCAGGGAUGCGGGAAGGCAGAAGCGGUGGAAACCCGAUCCACCUGUGCCCGCCCUUGUCCGGCCUGGGGUGGAUGCGGGGGAACAAAGGCGUCACCGAGGCGCGGCCCAGGGGGAGGAGGUACCCCCAUUCCUGGUUGGACUCGAUUCUCUGGUGCAUGACGGGCUUCCGGGCACGCACAGCGAGACUUUGUUCCGGGACCCGGGAGCAGUGGCUUCCUUGGCUGGAGACUGCGGGCAAUCCCUGGGUGGCGUCAGGACUGAAUGAGGAAAAACUCCGGGAUACUGUUCCAUCAACCAACCAUACUUCCCCAUCAGAGGGAGGUCAAGUCUCCACCACGCCACUGGCUAUGGCAGAGGAAGAAAGUAACCUUGAAAAGCAGGGCACCUGCCCCAGUGUGGACUUCCCCAAGCUUGGUAUCUGCGAGGACCAGUGCCAGUUGGACAAGCAGUGUCCUGACAACAUGAAAUGCUGCCGCAAUGGCUGUGGGAAGAUGACCUGUGCUACACCCACAUUCUGAGCUUCAGCCACCACCAGCCCGAGGGGCAGGGAGAGGAUGCUUCUGCUGGACUGUGCCUCUGAUGUCGUUCCUGUGGCCUCCCUUCUCUCUGGCCUUUGUGUUUCUUCCUGGACCCUCAAAAGCAUCUCCCUUUUCCAACCAAUAAAGUGACCACUUUCAGCAAUGGAGAAGCCAUAA